AUGCAUUUUCUUUGCUACCUUUGGUGUGGUUUCAUUGGAAAUGGGCUUGUAAUAUUUCUGCUGGCGCGAAUGAAGACAACCAUCAACUCCAUUUGGUUUCUCAACUUGGCAAUUGCAGACUUCAUCUUUAUGUUCUGGAGUAAGAAUCGUAUCGCUCCUCAAAGCAGCCUAGGAUACCGAGUCAUUAUAACUCUGGUUUAUCUUAACAGCUUUCUGAACCCCAUUCUUUAUGUGUUCAUGUGUGAUGAGUAUAAGAAGCUUAAACAGUCUCUGCUGCUGGUGCUGGAGACGGCUUUUGCUGAAGAUCAUCUGGAUUUAAGGCAGAUGCAAAAGAACGACCAGGACAUGAAAACCAAACGUGAAUUGCUGGAUAUGUAG